UAUUUUAAAGUUAAUUUCCCUAGUUGGACGCGUGACGCUAGUAACUUGUUAAAAGAAAAUUUUUGGAGAUCUGGAAACUUCACUAUUUUAGAGCCAAUCAACACGCGUUUCAAAAUUUAUCGUAGACGAAUGAAAUAUUACUCUGCAAAACGAGGCGAUGACAGGAGCAUGCGGGCGAUAUUGCUCGCCUCUUGUAGGUUAAGAGCAAAACAACAUUUUAUUCAGUAAAUCCGUAAAGAUGGAUUGUUACGAACUACUAGGCUGCAACGAAAAUUCCACUCACGAAGAACUUAAGCGUGCCUAUCAUGAACGGUUAUUACAGUUUCAUCCUGAUAAGAACAAUACAAACGUCCAAAAGUUUUUCGAUAUCAAGGCAGCUUGGCAAGUACUCGGAAAUCCACAGACCAGGAAGCGGUACGAUGCUGCCUGCGAUCAAGAGCGAUUGGAGCAAGAGGCUAAUCUCGUGUAUGCGCGGAUCUCAUCGAGCGAUCUUGAAAAGUCCGAUUUCGAAAACACAUUUUUUUACCGAUGCAGAUGCGGUGAGAGAUACCUCGUUGAGCCAAAAACCCUGGAAGCGAAGAACACUAGACUACAUGUGAUGUGCGAUGGCUGUACGCUUGUUAUUAUUGUCGAGACGUAGCAUUGUUUUCGAAGAUACGUAUAGAACCUAUAAAUCAUGACUGAAGGACUUUAUUCAAGCGAGUGCCUGCACAAGCAAGAGGAUGAAACAAGAUAUGUUUUUCGUAUAGUAAGAUAAUCUCCACAGCUGUAUAGAAAGAGGUCGAAAUCGAACAUUUAUUUUGUACAAAAUAUGUUUCUUAGCACAUGAACAUGUAUACAGUUUGUAAUAAAUUUAAAAAAAAAAAACAAUC